AUGCUGAUCUCCCCCGUGAGCGUGACCGUGGCUCCGCAUCCGCCGGCCUCGGGCGCAGAUGACGCUGACGGCAUUGCCGAGCCGCGGGUGCAGAGCAACCGGAUAUGGGGCUCGCUCGAAAGCGCCGAGGUAUCUUCGAAUCCCUCGGAGGGCGAGAAGCAGCCGACAUCGGCAUCCAAGGAGAAGAGAUUUGGGUCCAAGAAGGUCGAGUUUGGCGACACUGGGCUGGUGGCAACCAGCUCGGGCGUCAUGCUUGGCGACGAGUUCGGGACCCUCAGGAGCAUCAAGGUCCACGACAAGGAAAAGACCAUUUGCCAAAGAUCCUUGUUCAUCUUUGGGCUGGACACGAUUUUCCGGCAGGUAACGAUAUCGAUAGUGGAGUGGAGAUGGUUUGACCGCUUCAUUCUCGUGUGCAUUGCCGUCAACUCGUUACUGCUGGGCAUCUACCCAUACCGAGAAGAUGAGGGCUACUGGCUGAAGGAGACCAUCAACGGCUGGGCGGACCAAGCCCUGUGGGCGGUGUUCGCGCUCGAGAGCGUCAUUAAGAUUAUCGCCUGGGGCUUCGUGCUGGACAACCACUCCUACUUGCGGGACCCGUGGAACGUUCUGGACUUUAUCGUGGUAUGCUCUGGCUUGCUCGAAAGGUUCAAGCUGAAUAUUGGCGUGUCGUUCCUGAGGUUAUUCAGGUUGUUGCGCCCACUCCGAUCGCUGAACGCGGCCCCGCAGAUGAAGGUGCUGGUAAACACGGCGCUGAGCUCGGUCCUGAAGCUCGGGAACGUGAUCGUGCUGGGGGCGUUUCUGUUCGCGGUUUUCGGCAUCGUGGGGAUCUCGCUGAUGCCCCACGUGAUGUACCGCCACUGCCGCGCGACAGAGCACCCGGUGCUGGCCGGCGGGAGCUGCUGGACCUGGCCGUCGGCGGACGACGGGCGCCUCUGCGGCGGCAACUACAUGUGUGAGGCGUCGGGCGGCUACUGCGGCGGCCACCCCGAGGACCAGGACGAAGCUCUGCGGCCCCAGUUCCUCGGCGGCAUGGGCGGGCUCCCGUGGUGCGACGGCGAGCCGCGGAAGAUAUUCCCCGAGACGGAUUUCGUCCAUUUCGAGAACUUCGCGGGCGCAUUCCUGCUCAUUUUCCAGUCGAUGACCCUCGAGGGGUGGAUCGACCUGACGUAUUUGAUCGAGGAUAGCUUCAACGCUACAUUCGCUGUGCUGUUCUUCGUCUGCAUCAUAGUCAUGACGAAUUUUUUCGUGCUCAACGUUGCCCUUGCGGUCGUAGAUGAGGUCCAAGAUCAGUUCACCGACGAGGCCAAGGAGAAAAAGAGGCUGACAAUGCAGCAGGAGGCCGAGGAGCUGGCCGAGAAGGGCGUCGUGGCCCGCGCGGGCUCCACCGAGUCCGAGGAGGACCUGGAUUGCGUCUGGUGGGACUGCAGUCUCGUCAGGUGUUGCAAGCACAUCGCCGACCAGGACCUGUUUAGCGACUUCAUCAUGGUGAUCAUCGGUGCCAAUUGCCUCACGAUGUGCUGCGGGAGAUUUUCUCUCGACGACAGUUUCGGAUGGUUGGACGCGGAGAAGGCGGUCGCCAUCAUGGAGGUAACCUUCUUGUGCAUUUUCAUCGUCGAGAUGGUCAUCAUGAUUCUUGCGCGCGGGCCGACACAGUACGUGAACAAUCCGAUCACGUGCUUCGAUGGGGUUGUUGUGGCGGGUUCAAUCGUGGAAUUCGUCGUCAACGCCUUGUCGGAAGACGGUGGAGGAGGGUUCCUCAGCGUGUUGCGGACGUUCCGCUUGUUCCGAGUGAUGAACAAAUUAGCACAUAAGUGGAUCAGGCUCAAGGUGCUCCUGAAGGCAAUGUAUCACACGGGCUCGGCCCUGAAGGAUUGGCUGAUAUUAUUCGGCCUUCUGUUGUACAUCUCCACCCUCAUGUGCAUGCACGCAUUCGCCACCCAGUUUCGCUUCCAGGACGUCGAUAGUCUGGACCCGCUGGUGCCGGUAGAGGACAUCCCGCCCGACUUGUACUGGUGCCCAGGCCCUUACAGCGGGACAGCUUGGAACUUUCAGCAGGACUGCAUCCCCCGCGCGCACUUCGACACCUUCCCCUGGGGCGUCGUCACGGUCUUCCAGGUCAUGAGCGGCGAGAACUGGAACACGAUCAUGUAUGCGGGGAUGCGGGCGUCGGAGCGGUGGUCCUCGAUAUGGUUCGUACCACCUACCGUGGUGGCGGCGCUCCUCUUUAUCUCCCUGAUCCUGUUCGGGCAGGGGCUGUUCAUGAGCCUGUUCCUGUCCAUGCUCAUCUCGAAGUUUGACGAGGUGCAAGACGAGUGCCAGAAGGAGGAAGAGGACAAGUCGAAGAAGGUCCAGGUCAGCAGGCCCAACAUGUCCGUGACGCAUUUGGCAUCGAUCGCGAAGGCCAAGGCGACCAGCGUCAAGUUCGUUCUCAAGGACGAGAACAAACUCACGGUCGAUCGCAGCGACAAGGAGGGAAGGCCUGCCGCGCUUGGUCGGGCCAGCCCAGACAGCGCGUCGAGCAGCCAGGCCUUCUCCGAGCGGAAGAGCGGAGAGCUCCCCGUGAACCGCAAGCUCCUCGCCAAGAACAGCAGCUCCGGCACGACCCUCGCGAGCUCCUCGCAGGAGAUCCGAGAGGUCCAGACCGUGCCGGGGCAGCUGCCCUACACGCCUGACCACCAGGCCGCCAGCAAGGCCGUGCGCCUCCACGACUCCGCGGCGGACGCCGCGCGCUCCUCGGACGACGCCAUCGACGGCGGCGACGACGGCGAGGACGGAGAUCCGCCAGAGCUGGGGGGCGACGAUUGCUCCGACGACGGCGGCUCCGUGCUCAAGGGCGAGAGCAGACAGGGGUGGCCAGCGGACUACGCCCUUUACCUCUUCAGCCGCACUAAUCCUAUCAGGAGAGGCUGCUGGUAUCUGCUGGAGCUGAAAGUCAGCGUGCGGGGUCACAACGUUCUCAUUUUCGACAAUGUCAUCCUCCUGUGUAUCGUCUUGUCCUCGCUGUGCAUGGUGUCAGUCACGCCACUGUCGAACCCUCACAGCGUCUACACGAGGGCGGUCAAGGCCGCGGACGUGACGUUCGCCGUCGUCUUCAUUGCGGAGAUGGCGGUGAAGUUGGUGGCUCAGGGCUUGAUCGCGGGCGAGGACGCGUACCUGAGCAGCGGGUGGAACUGGCUCGACGGGUGUGUCGUGCUCGUGUCGAUCGUGGACCUGCUGCCCUUGAGAAGCGGGCCAGGCUCGCUCAAGACGCUGCGCAUCCUGCGCACGUUCCGGCCGCUGCGCGUCGUGUCCCGCCUGGAGGGCCUGAAGGUGGUGGUUCAGACGCUGUUCCAUUCCAUCGGGGACCUGUUCGGCCUCGCCAUCGCAUCCUUCCUCUUCCUUCUGAUCUUCGCACUCAUCUUCGCGUUCUCCCUUGAGGGCAACCUGUACCACUGCAGCGACACCGCGGUCGGUUUCCUGGGCGUUGAGUUCGGCCACCUGGGCAUGGAUUUCACGACGCCGUUGUGCCUCAGCAGCGAGGUGACCGAUGGGGCUACGGCGAUGGGAAGCUUCGACCAGACGACUCGCGAGUUUAACGCCACCGCUUGCUCCCUGGACCGCCCGAAGCAGUGGGCACGGGCGUCGGCGGACACGCCCAUCUGCCUCGCGAGGUGCGACCCCACGCUCGACUCACACCCGCAGGCGAUCGAGCACCUGUGUCACCGGAAGUACCAGAGCGCCGUGGAGUUGCCAGCGGUCUGUUCGGAGGCCCGGGUGCCAGGAGUAGCCGGCGUUCCCGUGCAAGAGCAGAUCGGUAUCGAUUAUAUCGCAGACAUGAAAAGGACACUCGUCGUCCCCUGCGGAGGCUACACCGUCAAUGGACAGAUCGUGGAGCUGAGCGACGCGGCGGAGCCCGUUAGCUGUAGGAGCAACUUCUGCCCCGAGGCGACAGAGCCGACGGAGGCGUGCGUCGUCGAGUGCCAG